CCUCCCUCUCCUAAUACCUCUCUCCCUCCCUUUCUCUCCUCCUAACACUCUCUACCCCUCUCUCCAUCUCUCUCUCUCUCUCCCUCUCCCUCUCUUGAGCUCGAGACCGUUGAGAUUGCAGUGAGACGCGGAUAAAAUGUGGAGUGGCGCUCUUCGCAAUAAAACAUCUUUGAUGGGCGUGUCGCGUCUUGGCCAAUCAGCGUUCAGAUGUCUUCAUGGUGUGGGAGUUAGCGUUAGCUUGAAAGUUAGCCCGCUACAUCUGCUGCUGUCACGCCGCACGGUGUAGCGAUGCUAACAAGUUAUCUGUACGUUAAACACGAUGUGAUUGAGCAUAUUGUUAGCAUCGAUACUUCAUUAAGAGAGCGAUCAGAGCGCACGCGCCGCUCCGUGUCGAGCUGUCUGCGCACACUGCGCUGCGCAGCUCUCACAGCGAGGGAAGGGGCGGAGCUUAAGAGACCCGAAGUCCUAAAGAAAACAUGCCGCAAGUGAAGCGUAGAGCGGUCUGUCUCUAACACGAACAUGACUGUUGAACAAGUGAACCGGACAGAUGCUUUAUUUAUUACUAUCAUAGAUAAAUAUACCAGUCUCGUGUGUAUGGUCUGAUAUUGUUUUUAUGGUAUUGUAUCAUGAUCUUUAUGGCAGGUAUAGAAGUUAUAAUGUUAGUGUCGUGACAACCGAGGCAGAGAAGUCCUGGAGUCUGUUCUGGCCCCAAAAAAGGAAGUUGGUUAUUAUUGGUUAUAUUAUAUAUAAUGACAAUGUAUAUUUGUUAUUACUAUCAUUAUAGGACCUUUUUGUUCUUAAACUGUUUAUUAAUAUUAUUUCGAAUUUAGAUUUGUGGUCAGAACAAUAAAAUGACCGUAGUUGUAGUUCUAAAAGCUUUGAGGCUUCAUCAAACAACGUGGAUGUGGUGACACAAAAAAAAAGUCACCAGCCCCCGCCCCCUUUUUCACCCCUCAUGAGUUUGCAGGUAUGCUCUUUCUCUCCCUCCCUCUACCUGUAGUAGUCACGUGCUGUAGGGAUGUGGGGGGAGGAGGCCGUGGUCGUCGUCGCCGUGGUGACCGUGCUCGGUGUCCUGCAGCAAGCAUAUUUCUCCCUGCAGGUGAUCCACGCCAGGAGGAAGUACUCCGUGUCUCCGCCCGCCACCGCCGGACCGCCGGAGUUCGAGAGAAUCUUCAGAGCUCAGGCCAACUGUUCGGAGUAUUUUCCGAUCUUCAUCGCUGUUCUGUGGGUGUCCGGAGUCUUCUUCAGUCAAGGUUUGUCUUCGUUCUUCGGGUUGAUGUAUUUAUACGGACGUCUGCGUUACUUCCACGGAUACGCUGAGGCGGCACAGCGACGGCUGGCUCCGCUGUAUUUCAGCGCUCAGGUUCUGUGGGUUCUCAUCGGGUUCUCGGUUCUCGGCGUGUUCCUCUCGUUGUGCAGGGUUUACCUGAAGGUGGACCUGCUGCUGGAGCUGGGCUCUGCCCUCGACCUGGUCUGAAGGGUCAAAGGUCAUGGGACCCCAAGGGGGACGUUUUGUUUUGGGAUCAUAAAAUAUCAAACUAUUCACAUUUAUUAUGUUUUUAAUUCUCAAUUUUUCUGCUGGAAGUUUGUUUCGUUGAUUAAAUUCAAAUAAAGUUAUCUUAUUAUUUUA